GUUUAAAUAUUUUUGGGGGGGUUUGUGUUUGAUAAUUCUCAAACCGUAGUGCAUGGGUCGGGUGAUUAGAAUGGUUAAACCCGAACCAACCGACUCAUGUUCCCUCCACCGCCACGAUUCACCCAGAACAGAUCUCUCCCUAUUGAUGUUUUGUCCAGGACUCUGCCCUCAACAUCAAUUAGUCUGGCGUCCAUGACAUUAUCAGCUGCGACCCCGAACUUCCGCGACAACACGCCUGAUCCUCCUCCGCUGAAAUGCCCGCCGACGCCGGGCCCGCCUCCACCCGCUGCUCCGUCCGGGCUAUUUUUGAAAUGGGAUCUUCAUCACGACCCCGUUCGCAUCAGCAAGGUAUCUGUGGACCAAGCCGACCUGGUGGUGGUGGCGGUCAACGUUCUGGGUUAGUUCCCUGUUUGUUCUUAAUUUUAAUAAUUAAUACUUUUGUUUUUAACUUUUUUUUUGUUGAAUCGGUUGCUUUAUUUCCAAGAAAGGCGAAUACAACGAAGUGGGAAUAUAAAAUAUCCCCAAGCGUUUGUCUUGCUACUAUCUCCUAUAUAUCAACUACUUACAGAAAACUGUAAAAGUAAAACCUAUAAGUAAUGAAGUUUGGUAGGAGCA